AUGAAUCGUUACAAGCCUGGACAGCCGUCCAGAUUCGCUCAGGAAGCCUCGGCUCGUCUUGCGACCCAGAAGAAGCUCCGUAAGCCCGGACGUCUCUCUUCGGACCACGAUCAUCAAGGUGGUGUCCGACUCAGCGCCACGAGCAACCAGGGCAGCGACGCUCCAGCCACCGCAAACAACACUUUCUCGGCCAUCAAUGCAACCAAACUCGGCAAUGCCCAGAACCUCGGCAGCAACAAUCCGUAUGCUGCUUUGGCCAACUCGCCGACCGCGACCAAUGCCAGCAUCGAUGAAGAUGCCAAGCCGGCCUCCCCUCCGCCUCGCGUACCCUCUAAGCUGAAUGCCACCUCGGCUCCCUUUGUCCCUGUCAACGGCGCUACUACCAUGAACCCAACUGCUUCGCCAUAUGGUUCCCACGCCAGAGUCUGCACCCCAGAGAUGGAGGCUAACGAGGCGAACAACAUCGCGCAUCUCAUGAUGCUCUAUGAACAGAAGCGUGUUGCGGGUGAUGCUCGAGUACAAGGUCAGAACGGCGCUGCUCCUUCCCAGGCCUCUAACAACGACAAUGCCUCUGCUGGUAAUAACCCUACCUACGAUCCCUACGUUCCUAUUGCUGGCAACCAUUCCAAUGGCAAUAGUUUCAUGCAUGCUGGUGGCAGCCAGGGCUACGGCUGGAAUGCAACUUCUCAACAGCCUCAGAGUGUCACGGGUCAGAAUACUGGAUACACACAAGGAUACCAACAGUCUGCGCAGGCUCCUUCGGCUACCGUUCCUCAGGGUCUUCAGAACGCGGGUGCGCAGCAAUCGUCCAAUGGCAUGUACCAGACUACUGCUUUUGGUAACGCCUUCUCCUCGAACAACCAGCACAAGGCAAACUCGCACAGUCGUCACCUUAAGCGAGAUAGGAUCUUAUCUGCGUCCGACUGGAGACAGAAUGCCAGUCAAGGCCAGAACGAGAUGCGCUUCGAGGAGUCGGGAAAUGCACAGGCACCCAACGUAACCCACCAGGUGCACACAGGGUUUGGCAACAUCAACGGCGGUUAUGGUCUGGGCAAGUUGCAGCAGCAAAUGCCGUCCACCGGCAGCUACGGCUCUCUUCCCAGUGCUGCACCCGAGAUGAACCAGAACGGUCAGCAGUACGGUGCUGCUAACAACGAUCAAGUCAGUAAUGUUCAGGGUCACCAGGGAAGUUACAACAUGGGUGAUGCUCUCAGAGCUGACCUCGCCCGACUUGCCACCAAUAACCCAGGUUAUCAACCGACUUUCAGCAACCAGGGACACCAUGCUGGUACCAUCAACACUGGUGCCGCUCAGGGAGCUGCUCAAAACCAGGCUUUCAAUGCGCAGGAUCAUCAAGCUCCUACUUACAACACUCAGGAAUACCAGCCGGGUGCUGCCAAUGUCGGUGCAACUCAGGGAAGCAACCAAGCCCAGGGUACCAAUGCCCAGAUGCAUCAAGCUGGUGCUCCCGCGAACAAUGUGUAUGGCGGGGACGUCACUGCUGCUCAUGGAACCGUCAAGCAGAGCAAUGUUCAAGGUCGUCGAUACACCAAUGCCACCAAUACCAGUGUUGACUCCAUGAACAGCGGUACUACCCAAGGCAACCCAGCUGCCAACGGCGUUCAGCACAUGGCUCAGACUGUUCACACUGGUCAACCCCAGCAGGCACCCGCGAACGAGCAGAAGGUCCCCGAAGGAUAUGUCACAGGCCUUACUAACAGCAUUUCCGACAGCAGCAUCCUGCUCUAUAACGACCAGAGCGCUCUUAACCGGCUCCUGCCUCGUGCCGGAGCCGUAGUCCCUCAUGCUCAGGAGAUCACUGUCGCGAAGUCGGCGCAGACGGCCCAUCUUCGACCCCUUCCGUUCCACCCCCCGCCCACAUUUGUCCAGAGAGCCCGCUCGGAUGUGCUCAAUGCGUUGAUCGGAGUCGAUGGGCGUGUCACUCUGCAGGAUCUUAUGGAUCCUAAGUUCUUCCCCUGGGCGGAGACGUACAGUCUCCAUACCCCAGUCGACCACGGUGUUAUUCAUAUCAAGAACAUCCCGUUCGGCACCCGAAGAUCGGAGUUGGUUGCGCUCAUGGGCCGCAACGCCAAAGUUCUCAACGACAGCCUUGAGCCUGUUCACAUUAUUAUGGAGCGUGUGACAAGCAAAACGAUGGACGCCUUCGUUGAGUUUGUCGACCCCGCGGACGCAAUGAACUGCGUCGACAAGUUCCAGAAGACUGCGGACAACGGCCGUAUCGGCCGCAUCGGCAACCGCCCCGUGGAAAUCGAGCUGUCCAGCCAGGUGCAGCUCAUGAAGGAGAUGUUCCCUGCCGCUGCCAACGGCGUCCGCUGGCACGGAUCUCGCCCUGAGAUUCUGCAGGGCUCCGAGUUCUCGUGGGAGAACUUCAAGUGCUUCUUCUCGAUCGAGGAGAUGACGAUGCUAACCAAGCAUGUCGAGUCCCCUCACCGAUCCUCCUACUCGGAGCAGUGCCCGGAGCGACCCUACGAGUGCAUGAUCAGCACGCUCCGCAAGUGCCCCUGGUACAUGGCCGACUAUAUCACCAUCCAGCAGCGCCAGGCUUGUUACGAUGCCUGCUGCAAGAUGGUCAUGACGCUCCGCAACUCGAUUCGUCGCGAUCCCGACCACGAUCGCCUAACGCCUCAGCUCUUCAACAGGCUAAUCACCUCGUGCAUGCUCUGCUGUGGUCUCAGCGUCUUGCAGAAGGACAACCUCUCCUUCCUGGCUGAGAUGCCCGAGGAGCAGGGUCGACACUUCAAUCAGCCUCGAUUCGCCGAUCUCUGGACCCAUAUGUACACCCUUGGUCCCAAGGCUGGAGUUCCUCUGGAUGUUCUGGAGUACUACAUUGCCAUGAUUCGCGAGGAGACCAACCGCGUUGUCGACGGCAUGUCCAUCGGGCACAAGCGAGCCCUGCAGGCCAAGGGCCAGACGACCAGCAUGUACUGGGGCUACUUCUUCGUCGAGGCCAACUACCCUAGCGGUCCCGCCUUGGACAAUAUGACGCUGGCUGAGGCCACCGCCAUCGAGUGGCAGACCAUCGACCAGAUUCUCCGACGUGCUGUUGAGGGAGGAACUCCCCCCGAGACCUACAUCGCGAGCGCUGCUCAGGGUGGCUUUGUCUACUUCGGGGAUCAGGGACGAUGUACCAACUCCUUCUCCAAAUACCGCAAUGACUACUAG